UGGCGCUUAUGCAGAAAUCAAGCACCAAAGCAAGAAGCAGUAUGGAAAAGGGACUAAGCUCAAGGAGAAACUGUGAGGGUGGGUACCCUCGUGGCAACAAUCCUAACCAACCGAUCUACCAAACUCCAAAAGUUAGUUGCUUCUUAGAAGCACUUCUUGUUCUUGAAAACACUCACUCUCUCUCUCUCUCUCUCUCUCUCUCUCUCUCUCUCUCUAAUCAUUUUGGGUUAAAAAUGGAAGCUGUGAGCGUAGCAAAGAAGAGAAUCCUGUGUCUGCAUGGAUUCAGAACCAGUGGGAGCUUUCUCAAGAAGCAAAUCAGCAAAUGGGAUCCUUCAAUUUUUGCUCAUUUUGAGUUGGAUUUCCCAGAUGGGAUUUACCCUGCAGGAGGGAAAUCUGAGAUUGAGGGCAUAUUUCCACCACCUUAUUUUGAGUGGUUUCAAUUCAACAAGGAUUUUACGGAGUACACGAACUUGGAAGCAUGUAUUGACUACUUAUGCAACUACAUCACAACAAAUGGUCCAUUUCAUGGCUUUUUAGGCUUCUCUCAGGGGGCUUCAUUAUCAGCACUUCUACUUGGAUAUCAAGCACAGGGAAAGAUAUUGAAGGAGCAUCCACCUAUAACUCUGUUUGUAUCGAUAUCCGGGUCGAAAUUUAGGGAUCCAACCAUAUGUGAGGCUGCUUACAGAGAUGUGAUCAAGGUUAGGUCAGUUCAUUUUGUUGGAGAGAAGGAUUGGCUAAAGCUGCCCUCUGAGGAGCUGGCUGCAGCGUUCGAGGACCCUUUGAUCAUACGGCACCCUCAGGGCCACACCGUGCCUCGCCUAGAUGAAGAGGCUGUUGGGAAGGUUUGCAGUUGGAUUAGGCAUGGUGUUGUGUUGCAGAGCGGCAUCAAUGGCGCUUCUGCAGAAAUCGAGCACGAAAACACGAGUGAAGGAGAGACUAAGCAGAAGGAGAGUGAGGUUAAAGAAGCUGUUGCAAUGGAGAAAAUGGAAGCUGAAGCAGUGGCAAUGCCUAGCUAGAGUUGAUCAAGAAUGACAAAGGGCCUUUUUAGUUAUGUAAUUUAAUUUGGAGUUUGUUUGUGAUGCAAGUGUAACCACCAUUAUGUUUUGAGGGGGAAGUUUUCUAAAUUAAAUCAAAGGCCCAAUAUCAUUA